GUGUGGAAUCUACUUCUGAAGAAAAUCCCUAUGCCGUUUGAGCGCAUGUCUGGCCCCGAAUGCUGGGAGAUGGACCCCGUGAUGCCCGACCGGAGCUAUUACAACAGCCGCCUCACCGGGGAGGUCUGCAGCGAGGCUAAGUAUGAGGAGAUACAGAAGAUCGUCGACUUCUUCGGCUUCAAUACGUUCGGAGAGUUCCACGACGCGUAUCUGCAUACUGACAUGGCUUUAGCAGACGUGAUAGAGGCUUACCGCGAGGCUUUCUUCGAACAUUAUGGCCUGGACCCGGUGCACUACGUCACAGGGGCUUCGGCGUCUUGGGAUGCUAUGUUGAAAAGCUGCACGGGCAGAGAUCGGCCGCUGCAGCUCAUCCGCGAUGAGGGCAUCUACAGGAUCGUCCGCGAGAGCGUGCGCGGCGGAUUGUCGAAUCCUUUCCAACCAUAUGCCAAGGCAAAUAACGAGGGCAUUGGAGAGGACUUCAACGAGGCCGAGCCCAUCUCACACCUGAAGAAGUUUGACGUGAACUCACAAUAUCCGACAGUCAUGUCUAGACCUCUCCCAGUGGACGGUGGUGAGUGGGUGCGACUGCCGCAUGGCAAGAAGGAGCGUCUGAGGCGGCUCUACAACCUCCUGGAGACUACGGACUACGACGCGAAGGACUACGAGGAGACCCACCUGGUCAAGGUCUCCUACUACGUCCCUUGUGAAGCUCAUGAUUUCGUCGAUUGGGCUCCUCCGGCUCGUAUGUCCAUUCACACUUCAGAGCUGAGCGAGUACUCCCAGGGGUUGAUGCGAAACCGCGGGUGGACAAAAGCGCCCUGCAACUCGAAGUUGAUGCCGUUCCUCGGCUUCCACAGAGAGGAGAGCCUGCAACUUCGCCUGCUCAAGUUUUACAUGGAGACGAUGGGAGUCAGAAUCUGCGAAGUCCACGCGAUCAUCCGCUUUGGCUGUAGGGCUUUCAUGAAGCCGUUCAUCGAAGAAUGCUAUGCUCGGCGCUUGGUGCUUAAAAGAGCUGGGCGCAAACUUCAGGACAAAGUGGUGAAAACUACUAUGUGCGUGCAGUUCGGCAAGAGCGUUCAGAACCAGGAGGCUUUCCGGAACGCCGACGUCUUCACCGAUCGGAGGCUCUACGAUCGGCGAACAGCGGGGGAGCGCACGGUCGACUACCACUCUUACCCCUCUUCCGCCGGUUUCCUCGGUCUGGUGUACACGAGGAUGGUGAAACCUGCGCUGCUGACGUCC